AUGGCUUGGCCGGGAGGAUCUCAUGAUGCGGUAGAGCUGCCUCUGCAUAUUGUAGACAGUUCAGACACAAUCGAUGGACGCACUGUUCCCGCUACUACAGUCUUGGACGGAAACCGCAAAAUAGUGUUACUUAAACGUCACGUAUUUACGCAACAAUACGAUGCCAUUUUUUUUGCGGCCGACAUUCACCUUGCGUGGGGCUUCCCGCAGUCAGGCAGCGGGACUCAGGCCAACAUCAUGUUGGUGCAAAUACUGAUCAUGAUGUACAUCGCCACCUGUCUUCUGUUCUACGUGGCUCACGUCAUCGAUUACUACUUUACGAGUCGUGAAAAGGUAUUUGUGUUGGCUGUUGCGGAAUUAGUUGGAAUGGCAUUCCGGGAAUACUUAUCAGGGUUCUUUCACGAGCACAACGCGAUGGCGCCUUUCUCCCGAUUAUACAGAGCUAUGGUGCUCAAAAUGAACCAACAUGUGAUUGUCUCUUCCAUAGAUGAGGAUGAGGCUACGACCUCUGGCAUCACAGACGACCCCGCGGACGACCUUCAACAGCGCGUCAUAUUCGUCAACCAUCCGCAACCACAGAAGUUUGUGAACAACAGAAUAUCCACAGCUAAGUACAGUGUGCCAUCGUUCGUGCCGCUAUUCCUGUUCGAGCAGUUCCGUCGCUAUUCCAACUGCUUCUUCUUGCUGAUUGCACUGCUGCAGCAGAUCCCAGAUGUGUCUCCCACGGGUCGCUGGACCACGCUCACACCGCUUAUACUCAUACUCAGCGUCAGCGCCAUCAAAGAGAUCGUGGAGGAUUUUAAACGUCACAGAGCGGACGAUGAGACGAACCGGCGGAUGGUGGAGGUGCUCCGCGGCGGCUGCUGGCAGAGCAUCCGCUGGGAGCGCCUGCAGGUUGGAGACAUCUGUAAAGUGCUCAACAACCAGUUCUUUCCAGCUGACCUAAUUCUGCUGGCCUCAAGCGAGCCGCAAGGUAUGUCCUUCAUUGAAACGUCCAAUCUGGAUGGCGAGACCAAUCUGAAGAUCCGUCAAGCCAGUCCUGACACAGCACGUCUCGAUAGUCCCGCAGCGCUGGCCGGGUUCCGUGCCACCGUACAGUGUGAACCGCCCAACAGACAUCUGUAUGAGUUCAACGGGAUGUUGAAAGAAGCCAAUGCCAAGACCAUUCCCCUUGGUUUAGAACAAAUGCUUCUAAGAGGCGCCAUGUUGAGAAACACGGCGUGGCUUCAUGCUCUCGUCGUGUACACCGGACACGAGACCAAGCUUAUGAAGAAUUCAACCAAAGCUCCGUUAAAGCGGUCGUCUAUCGAUCGUCAGACGAACACCCACAUCCUGAUGCUGUUCAUCAUACUGCUGGUGCUGUCUCUCCUGAGUGCGGCCUGCAAUGAACUAUGGCUGCGAAGACGAGCCUCGGAUUGGUACAUAGGACUCGAUGAAGCACAGAAUGCACAUUUCGGAUUCAAUUUUUUAACAUUUUUGAUAUUAUACAACAAUCUUAUACCUAUAUCGUUACAAGUUACCGCGGAGAUAGUUAGGUUUUUCCAAGCCAAGUUUAUAGCGAUGGACAGUGAAAUGUACCACGAGGAAACGGACACUCCGGCGUUGGCGAGGACGUCGAACUUGAACGAAGAGUUGGGUAUGGUGCGGUACGUGUUCAGUGACAAGACGGGCACGCUCACAUGCAACGUUAUGGAGUUCAGGAAAUGUUCCAUCGCUGAGGUGAUCUACAACAAGCUGCAGCCUGGCGAGCGUCUGGAGGACAGUCUGUUGUACCAACACCUGGACAGCGGUCACCCCAGCGCUCCCGUCAUAUCAGAGUUUCUCACGAUGCUGGCUGUCUGUCACACCGUCAUCCCGGAGAUGGUGGACGGCAAGAUCAACUACCACGCAGCAUCACCCGACGAGCGUGCGCUAGUCUGUGGCGCGGCGUCCUGGGGCUGGCAGUUCACUACGCGGACGCCACACGCGGUCACUGUUAGAGAACGAGGCGAGUCGCGGACAUACGCUAUACUGAACGUGCUAGCGUUCACCUCAGCUAGGAAAAGGAUGUCCGUGGUCGUACGAACCCCAACAGGUGAAAUAAAGUUAUACUGUAAAGGUGCGGAUUCGGCCAUAUAUCCUCGACUGGCAGGCGGUCCUCGAGCGCCCUACGCGGAACAUACUUUGGAACACUUGGAACACUUCGCCACUGAAGGUCUUAGAACACUCGUGUUCGCUGUAGCAGACAUACCAGAAAAUGUUUACAAGGACUGGUCGAACACUUAUCAUAAAGCGAGCAUAGCGAUACAAGACCGAGAACAGAAGUUGGAAGAGGCGGCAAUGCUUAUAGAAAAUAAUUUAAGAUUACUAGGAGCUACGGCCAUAGAGGAUAAAUUACAAGACGGUGUACCUGAAGCGAUAGCAGCGUUGUUGAAGGCGAACAUACACGUGUGGAUACUGACUGGGGACAAACAAGAAACUGCCAUCAAUGUAGCGCACUCGGCGAGACUGCUGCAUGCCGCCAUGCCGCUACUCAUACUGAAUGAGGAUAGUCUUGACGGCACGAGAGAAAGUCUUUCUCGCCAUCUGGCGGAUUUUGGUGAGAAUCUCCGGAAAGAGAACGAAGUGGCACUCGUCAUAGAUGGAAAGACGCUCAAGUAUGCUAUGGGAUGUGAUCUCAAGAAGGACUUCUUAGAUCUAUGUGUAUCGUGCAAAUCAGUAGUGUGCUGCAGAGUCUCGCCCAUACAGAAAGCUGAGGUAGUGGAGCUAGUUUCUCGUUCAACUGGCGCCGUGACGCUCGCCAUUGGUGACGGUGCUAAUGACGUGGCCAUGAUACAGAGAGCGUCGGUAGGAGUCGGGGUCUCGGGGGUUGAAGGACUACAGGCGGUCUGUGCCUCCGACUAUAGUAUAGCACAGUUCCGUUUCCUGGUGCGUCUCCUGCUGGUGCACGGCGCCUGGAACUACUCACGCAUCAGCAAACUAAUUCUCUAUUCAUUCUACAAGAACAUCUGUCUGUAUGUCAUCGAAUUGUGGUUCGCUAUAUAUUCCGCAUGGUCUGGGCAAAUUCUGUUCGAGCGGUGGACGAUAGGGUUCUACAACGUCAUAUUCACAGCAAUGCCACCAUUCGCUAUAGGACUGUUUGACAAGAUCUGCUCUCCUGAAAUUAUGCUCCGGCAUCCGGUGUUAUAUGUUCCAUCUCAACAAGGUCUUCUAUUCAAUGUGCGCGUGUUCUGGGUGUGGGCGGUGAACGCGCUGCUGCAUUCGGUGCUGUUGUUCUGGCUGCCCGUAUUACUAGCGGCACACCACGUACUAUGGUCCAGCGGCAAAGACGGCGGAUAUCUAGUACUGGGGAAUUUCGUUUACACUUUCGUGGUAGCAACAGUCUGCCUGAAGGCUGGUCUAGCGACUCACUCUUGGACGUGGGUGACGCACCUUUCUAUCUGGGGCUCCGUGGCGCUGUGGUUCCUAUUCAUCCUCAUAUACAGCAACCUGUACCCAGCUGUUGGUAUCGGGGCUGUGAUGCGAGGGAUGGACCGCAUGGUGUUCAGCUCGCUAGUCUUCUGGUUCGGAUUACUCCUGGUACCAGCCGCUACUCUACUACCAGACUUACUCAUCACUGUCGUUCAUAACUCAGCGUUUAAAACCAUGACGGAGGCGGUGAGGGAGAGUGAAAUCAAACAAAGAGAUCCCGCCGCACUACUGGCGCUUCCGAGACAAUCAUGGACUUACGUGAUGUGUUAUUUGAGAGGAAUGAGGAUGUUUAAAUGCCUGACGGAGACGGCGCGCCUGCUGCAGAACGUGCGCAGUGUGUUCGGUCGACGCGGCCAGAGGCACACCGAGAUGGAACUAUCACAUGGAUUCGCGUUCUCUCAAGAGGAGGGCGCGAGUGUCUCCCAGGCGGACGUCAUUCGUGCCUACGACACGCGACAGCCGCGUUCGCGUACUUAA